UCUACGGAGUUCGGAGUAUUGUAAUUCUUUGUUUCCAAUAAUCUUUUAGACAUUAGAUAUAUAUCCAGGCUUGAUCACGCGUCUGGUAAGGAUUAUUAGAAUCGACUGCCGCGGCUUCUCUCCGUCUUUCGUUGCUCAGCACGCGCAGGAGAUACAUCGGAGUGGAGAGGUCCCCUCCAUUCGGGAUCCUCUAAUGUCGUAGACUGUCCCUAGGAGGAGGAGGCGCACCGAACAGACUUAUGUCUUACAAAGACUGGUGCACCAUGCGGGAAAACAUGCCAGUAAAACGGACACAUCAAAUUUUUAUACUCCUGUGUCUACAUUUCACUAUUGUACAUUCAUACUUUGAGCGUGUGUGCGAUUCACGGACCGAGCAGCGGGGACCGGAUCCGGAAGGAAUAUGUGGAGGCAUGAUACCGGAAAUGCUCCAUUUGGUAUGUGAUGGGGAAUAUUACGUACCCUCACAUGCAAAGCGUGAUGUAUCAUCACGUUCCCAUAAACAAGAAAAUAAUGUUGAUUUCCCACGUUAUUCGCCUUUAGAAGGACUAAUCCUCGGCAAAAGAGAGGCCUCUAUGUAUUUAUCAAACGAGCACUCCCGAACCAAGCGAAAUACUUAUACAGGCAUUGUGUGCGAAUGUUGUUAUCACAGUUGCGAUUAUUUCGAACUUUUGCAGUAUUGCGCAGUUAGGAAAAAGAGAGAUACCAAACCCGACUCAAUUUCAGCGAAUUCUCACAAUUCUGGAAUAACGGUUGACAAGUUAUCAAAAUAGUAACAAAUAAAUCCGGAUGUAUUAUUUGAACGACAGUUAUUUUUAUAAUAGGGCAUUUAAAACUUUUAAGAUAUGCUGAGAAUCUCGUUUUAUUUUGCUUAUUCUUUUAUUUGAGUGAUACGUCAUUCAUGACGGCCAUUCUUUAGGUUACAUUGUACGAUUGAAAACAAAGUGUUUUAUUUUUUUGCUAAGUGUUUGGCGGAGAAGAUGUAUGGGCGAUGGAUAUCUUCAUUGUCUCAGCGAUGAAUGUCAUCAGUUUCAUCAUUGUCCAUUGUUCGCUUCAUGUAAAUUUCAGCGUAAUUGUAUACUGUGCCUUAUGUAUGAGUUCGUAAGAGAGAGAAAAACAAUUGGUCCCAUACCGAUUUCUAUUUAGAAUUGUCGAUUUCUUAUAAGAGUUGUCGAACUUUAUGAUUUUGAAUUAUCUACCUUUUUCAAAUAUUUUGGACAUGUUUGUUUUAAUUAAAACGAUUUCAUGGUCCAGAUAAGAGGCUGAAAAAAACAUAUAUAGUAAAUGUGAAUUUUAUUUGUUUUAAAUUACUGUUGAUAUUUUUUUGUUUUACUUGAAAGUUGUGUUGACGAUCUGAAUAGAAAUGGGUGAAACUGUCUCUCUUUGCCACCAACAGUGUACUUCUGGCAAAUAAAGCUGGUGUAAUCUUG